AUGGUUGAAUCUAAUCCACUAGAAUUCCAUUUUAGCUAUCUACUUUUGAAAGUCUAUGAUUGGAAAUUGAAGGUGAGGCGGUUGCGGGAUGUAGAAUUUCUCAGUUUACCAUCGUUGUGUUGUAUCGUCUAUCCAACCACUAAACGAUAUUUGUGUGACGCAACCUACUACUCUGAGCAACAAACACUAGUUCACACGUGCUUGGCGUAA